UCAGUUAUUUGUUUACAAGUUUACAACAAUAAUAAAUUGUCCAAUGUACAUUAUUGUCUUGUCUGCGGUACCCGUCUCUAUUAAGUAUUAGUCCGUAAUAAAUCAAUAUUUUAUAUUUAAGUACGAGUUUCGGCACAUAGUGUACCAGUGUACGGCCAGUGACUAGUACCUUUCGGUUGUCAUGUUUUAAAGAGACGUUUCCUCCACAAAAACACAAUGAAGACAUCCAACAAUUUGAUGACCUUUUUGACAGUUGGUUUAGUUUUGGUGAACAUUGCAUUUGUCUUCGGGUACAUAUCAGAUCUACAAAAUGAUAAAACCAAUCGUAUCACUUGGUGUACUUUAAAUAUCCAAGAACAAUCAAAAUGUUUAAAUUUGUCUGCAGCUGUCAACAGAGACAAACAGAAAUUUAACCCUAGAGAUUUCAUGGAACUUGUUUGCAAACCGGGACUCAAUAAAGAUGACUGUAUGAUGAAGUUAGAUAACAAUGCAGCAGAUAUUUUGAGUUUAGAUGCUGGAGAGGUAUUUGUUGGUGGCCGAUAUAAUAGUUUGAUACCAUUAAUGCAACAACUAUUUGAAGAUGGCUCUACUGAAUAUUACUCUGUUGCUUUAAUAAAAAAGAACACUUUAAAUGAUGUGUAUAACCUUGGAAAUUUGAAGGGUAAAAAAGCUUGUUUUGCCGGAGUCGGUACUCAAGCUGGAUGGAAUGUACCAAUAAAUACUCUUAUUUCUAAAGGUUAUAUGAACAUUUUUGACUGUAAUAACCAUGUGAAAACUACUAUAGAAUUUUUUGGUCACAGUUGUGCUGUAAAUUCAUUACUUGACAAGUACAAUCCAAUGGGUGAUAAUUCUGACCGUUUAUGUAUUCUCUGCGCUAGCAAAGUUUCUGGCCAAAAAUGUACAUCAAACGAUCCAUAUGCUGGUGACGAAGGAGCAUUUAGAUGUUUAAUCGAGUCGGGCGAUAUCGCAUUUUUACGACAUACAACUGUAUUGGAAAUGUUAAGGGAUCCAUCAUUAUUUAGUAAAACCAGAGAAGAUGAUUUAGAACUACUGUGUGUGGACGGUUCAAGACGUCCAAUUGGUGAAUUUAAGAACUGUAAUUGGGGACCAGUACCUACUGAUGCUAUUAUGACUACAUCUGCCAAAUCUUCUUCUGCUCGUAUCUCAUACCAAAGAUGGCUGCAGAAAAUAAUUGAAUUAUAUGGAAAACCAAAAUCUGCACCACAACAGUUCACAUCUACUGCUCCUGAUAUCAACUGGGCAGGAGGAUUCAAUCAACCUCAGUCUCAGAUCAACAGCAAAAGUUUUAAUUUAUUUGAUUCUUCAGUUUAUGAUAAUCACCACAAUCUUUUGUUACAGGACUCAACAAGAGGCUUGCGGCCCUUAGAAGAAGCCCACCAAACAUAUACAAGUUACUUAGGAAAUGCCAUGGACAUUAUACUUGGAGUACGUUAUUGUCCUGUUGCCAAAAUGACACUUUGUGUAACGUCUGAGCCAGAAAUGGAUAAAUGUAUUAAAAUGAAGUUGGCGUUAAAAGUUCAACUUUUGGUUCCUGAAUUGCAUUGUUUCCGCGGUUACAGUCAAGUGCAUUGUAUGCAAGCCAUUAGAAAUGGAAACGCAGAUGUUGCUGUGAUGGACGCUGGUGAUAUUUAUACAGCUGGACUUCAUUAUGAUGAAAUACCAUUUAUCACUGAAAUGUAUGAUUUUCCUGAACCAGAAUAUUAUGUUGUGGCUGUGGCAAAAGAAGAGGAUCCUGAUACCGAAAUAACGUUUUUAAAAGGAAAAAUGACAUGUCAUCCGGGUAUAUAUUCGGGUGGUGGAUGGAUAAUACCAAUGGCAUUUUUGUUGAGUAAUGGGUGGAUACGAAGUUAUGGAUGUGACUCAAUACAAGCUGCUUCUGAAUACUUUAGUAAAUCUUGUGUACCCGGUGCAUUAAGUAAUGAAUAUAACCCAGGUUUACCUUAUGAUAACCUUUGCCAUCUAUGUAGAGGUGCUAGUUAUCGGUACUGCAAACGUGAUGCCACUGAAGACUUUUAUGGUUACACAGGAGCCUUGAGGUGUUUGGUCGAAGGUGGUGGAAAUGUAGCUUUUGUCAAACAUACCACAGUGUUUGAGAAUGUAGAUGGAAAACGCAAAGAGUGGUGGGCAAGGAAUACUCUAACAUAUGAUUUCGAACUUCUGUGUCCUGAUGGUACUAGAUCACCGAUUCAAGAUUAUAAGAAGUGUAGCUUGGGUAAAGUUAAAGCUAACGCUGUUAUAACUCGUGGAGGCAUAGCUUAUAAUCAUACCGAAGUGAUGGCAUUUACCAAUCUGUUUAUGGCUGCCCAACAGUUAUAUGGCAGGAAGACUAUUGAUGAGUUUACUUUCAGCAUGUUCACGUCACCGGAACCAUACAGCGAUCUGAUCUUCCAGGAUUCUACCCAGCAGCUUGCAUCCAUUGAUAGUUCAUUAAGACAUUACUCCGAUUGGUUAGGACAAAAUUUCAUGCGGGCACGUCGUCUUGUUGACUGCCGUGCAUCUGGUAAUAUAUCAUUACCAUUGGGAAUUAUAACCAUGUUAUUAUCUGUAAUUUGUAUUCACGCGUGGUUAUAGACUUAUUGUGUUCAAUCAAUUUAUAAAUAGUGCUUAAGAAUGUUAUGGGCAUCAUUUAUUGUUUAGAUUAUUCAUUAUAUUGUGAUCAUUUUCAGAAUCUCAAUCAUACAAUGCUGUAUAUUAUUUAUUACCAGCUCUUGAUAUUUGUAAAAUUAAAAAUAUCUGUCCAUUUAUUAAUUUUAAUUUUAAGAUUUUACUGAUAAUACGUAAGACAUCCAUGAUAAAAUACUUAGCCUUAAUAUUGUAACAGUCCGUCCACAAAUUUAGAUCAAUUUGACAAUGUACCAUUGUGAAUUAUAAUUAUGUUAUCUGUAAUUUGUACUUGCGCAUGGUUAUAGACUUUAUUGUGUUCAAACAAUUUUUAAAAAUUGCAUAAGAAUGUUUUAUGGGCAUCAUUUUUGAUUGCUCAUCAUAUUGUGAUCAUUGGCUGAAUCUCAAUCAUAAAAUGCUGUGUAUUAUUUAUUACUCUCAAUAAUUGUAAAAUUAAAAUCAUCCGUCCAUUUUUUAAUUUUAAGAUUUUACUGAUAACACAUUAGACAUAAACGAUACAAUACUUUAUCUUAAUAUUAUAAGUGUCUUUUUACAAGGUUAGAUAACUGUAACGAUGUAUCUAAAAAAAAGUAUAAUAUUUUAUAUGACCUUUUUUUAUAUAAUUUUUUUUUAGCAAAUUAUAUUAUUGUUUAAUAAUUUUAAGUGCAAUAUUGUUGAACAAUCCGUCCAUUUUUAAUAUUGAUUAAAAUUAUAGAAGAUCAAGUUGAUAUUUUUUUAUAUAAUAUUAUUGUCCAAGUUAUUUUUGUACGUUUCUUGUUGAAUUGUAUUGUUUUUUCACACAGAUAAUUUUAUAAUGCAACCUUUAGGUAAUUAGUAAUUUAGUUAUGUAUUCCCAGCUCAUAAAUGUAUUACAAUGUUAUUCAGAGUGAUAUAGUACGCAUUAUACCUAUUACCUAUAGUAUGGUAUCUGAUAUACUUCUAGUUUUUAUUUAUAUAAUGUAUACCUAUUUCAAUUAACAAAUUAGAUUACAUGAUUUAAUAUUACCUUUAUUGUGAAGAUUUUAUUUUAUUUUAACCUAAACAUUUAUGAUAUAUUUUUUAUACUGUGUUAUUUUACACUAUGAUUUCAAGUGCCUUAAAUAAACGUAUUAUCGAAAAAAAA